GUGUCAUCACUAAGUUGGUGUGCGUCGUUUGAUGGUCGCGAAUUGUCUGGAGGAAUUUUUGCAUUUCACCGGCAUUGUUGCAGAAAUUGAACUGUGAAUUCAGUGUUAAAAUCGGGAAAAAGUACAUCUGUUUUGUGUGUGGAUAAUAAAUUGAGAACUUAGCUGCGUCCUUUAAAGACGCAAUUUAACAUUUUUCUUUUGCGCACUGUGUUACAUACAUACCUACAACUCAUUCUAUCAAACAAGCGUGUUGGUUGCAGUUAGCAAGCCGUAGGAUCAGCAGCUGCAAAAAUGUCUAAUUACGCUUUGGACAAAAAUACGUUUUUGCGCCGGAUAAAACGAUUGUAUUCAGAAUGGCGGGAACCAGCCAUUGCCCAUGAUGAUACAUUAAAAAAGGUGGACUGCAUCAUGUGUGUUGUAGGCGUGGAUGAGGACAUAGUCUAUUCCAAGUCGCGGGCGCUUGAGAUAUGGCUUCUUGGCUAUGAACUCACUGAUACCAUAUCCAUAUUUGCUAAAGAUACAGUCUAUUUCCUGGCCAGCAAGAAGAAAAUCGAAUUUCUUAAACAGAUUGAAAAUGUCAAGGAGGAAGGAGUACCCGAAAUAAAACUAUUGCUGCGCGAUAGGAACGAUAAAGAUAAGGCCAACUUUGACAAAUUAAAGGAAGUAAUAAAAUCAUCGAAAAAAGGCAAAACACUGGGUGUUUUUGCUAAAGAUGUAUCCACCAGUGAGUUCUGUGAUUCAUGGAAGGCAGCUUUGAAGGGUGAGAGUUUCGAAAAUUUAGAUGUUGGUGCAGCGUUGGCGUACAUCAUGUGCCCGAAAGACGAACCGGAGAUUAACAAUAUACGAAAAGCAUCUUUGGUAUCUGUAGAUCUAUUUAACAAGUACCUUAAAGAUGAGAUUAUGGAUAUAAUUGACUCGGAUAAGAAAAUCAAACACGCUAAAUUGUCAGACGGUGUUGAAUCGGCACUCACCGAUAAGAAAUAUGUUUCCGGUGUUGACACCUCGGUUUUAGAAAUGUGUUACACCCCAAUAAUACAAUCUGGUGGAUCUUAUAGCCUGAAAUUUUCUGCGUUGAGCGAUAAAAACUAUUUGCAUUUCGGCGCUAUUGUUUGUUCGUUGGGCGCACGUUACAAAUUUUACUGCUCAAAUAUAUCGCGCACAUUUUUAGUAAAUCCCACCGACACAAUGCAAGAAAACUACAACUUUCUGGUAAAUGUACAGGAGGAAAUUUUAAAAUUACUAAAACCCGGCGCUAAGCUGAAUGAAAUUUACGACACCACCGUAGAAUAUAUAAAGAAAGAGAAACCCAAACUGUACGAUAACUUUACCAAGACUUUCGGCUUUGCCAUGGGCAUUGAAUUUCGAGAGAACUCGAUUGUAAUAGGUCCGAAAUGUCAUGCUGAAGUGAAAAAGAAUAUGGUAUUCAAUGUGAACGUAGGCAUCGCAAAUCUCACUAAUUCUGAUGCAUCAGAGAAGGAGGGCAAAACAUAUGCGCUGUUUAUUGGUGACACUGUGCUGGUUGGAGACUCUUCUCCAGCUAAUAUAAUGACACCUUCGAAGAAGAAAAUAAAAAAUAUCGGCAUUUUUAUUAAGGACGAUAGUGAUGAAGAGGAUGGCGAUGAGAAGGAGGAAGUGAAAGAAGAUAAGGGCUCCGAAAUAUUGGGGCGUAGCAAACGUAAUGCUGUACUUGAAAAUAAGUUGCGUACAGAGACUAAUACCGAGGAAAAACGCAAACAGCAUCAAAAAGAAUUAGCACAGCUUUUGAAUGAGAAAGCACGCGAGCGUCUAGCUAAACAGGGAGAAUCGAAGGAAGUCGAAAAGGUGCGUAAAAAUACUGUCUCGUAUAAAUCUGUCAGCCAAAUGCCACGUGAACCAGAGGUAAAGGAGUUGAAGUUAUACGUGGACAAAAAGUACGAGACCGUAAUUUUGCCGGUAUUUGGCAUACCAGUACCCUUCCACAUUUCUACGAUCAAAAAUAUUUCACAAUCUGUAGAAGGCGAAUACACCUACCUACGUAUUAACUUCUUUCAUCCCGGUGCCACUAUGGGACGCAACGAAGGUGGUCUAUACCCACAACCAGAGGCGACAUUCCUCAAGGAAGUCACCUAUCGUUCCUCAAAUGUGAAAGAGCACGGCGAAAUCUCUGCACCUUCGUCCAAUCUUAACAACAUUUUCCGUCUGAUUAAAGAAGUACAGAAGCGUUUCAAGACGCGUGAAGCAGAAGAACGCGAAAAGGAAGAUCUUGUCAAGCAGGAUACACUCAUAUUAUCGCAGAAUAAGGGUAAUCCUAAACUCAAAGAUUUAUAUAUACGCCCGAACAUUGUAACAAAACGUAUGACGGGCAGUUUAGAGGCACAUACGAACGGCUUUCGCUAUAUAUCUGUACGUGGCGAUAAGGUGGAUAUUCUCUAUAACAACAUCAAGAGUUCAUUCUUUCAACCAUGUGAUGGUGAAAUGAUUAUUUUGUUGCACUUCCACCUGAAACAUGCCAUUAUGUUUGGCAAGAAGAAGCAUGUUGAUGUUCAAUUCUACACAGAAGUAGGCGAGAUCACCACGGAUUUAGGCAAACAUCAGCAUAUGCACGACCGUGAUGAUUUGGCCGCUGAGCAGGCUGAACGUGAGUUGCGUCAUAAAUUGAAAACGGCAUUCAAGAGCUUCUGCGAGAAAGUGGAGUCGAUGACUAAGCAACAAGUAGAAUUCGACACGCCAUUCCGCGAGUUGGGUUUCCCAGGCGCACCAUUCCGUAGCACAGUUACGUUGCAGCCAACUUCGGGCAGCUUGGUAAAUCUGACAGAAUGGCCGCCAUUUGUUAUAACUCUCGACGACGUCGAAUUGGUACACUUCGAACGUGUACAAUUCCAUUUGCGUAACUUCGACAUGAUUUUCGUUUUCAAGGACUAUCAGAAAAAGGUGGCAAUGGUCAACGCAAUUCCCAUGAAUUUGCUUGAUCACGUUAAGGAGUGGUUGAAUUCUUGUGAUAUCCGUUACUCGGAGGGUAUACAAUCUUUGAAUUGGGCAAAGAUUAUGAAAACAAUCACUGACGAUCCGGAGGGUUUCUUCGAGCAGGGUGGUUGGACAUUCUUGGAUGCUGAUUCGGGCAGUGAAGGGGAAAAUGAAGAAGAGGAAUCGGAAGAAGAUGAGGCAUAUGAGCCGACCGAUAUUGAGUCCUUGGAAGAAUCAGAGGAAGAUUCCGAAUACUCGGAGGCAUCUGAGGAUGAAAGUGAAGAUAGUGAAGAACUGGGCUCGGAUGAGGAAUCUGGAAAGGAUUGGUCCGAUUUAGAGCGCGAAGCUGCAGAAGAAGAUCGCAAUCAAGAGUACACCGACGACAAACCGAAUGGCAAAACUUAUGAUUCAAAGAAGCACUCGAAGAGUUCAAAACAUAGUCGCAGAGAUCGUGAAGUGCAGCUUCGUCAAAGUAAAAAGAAUAAAAGUACUGCCUCAACCUCAAAUUCGUCACAUUCAAAAUCUGCCAAGCAUGCCAGUUCGAGCGGGCAUAGCUCCAAGGAUAAACACCAUGAUCGCAGUCGUGACAAACACCAUUCCUCCUCAUCAUCACACAAAGACAAGAGCAAGGAUAAGAGCAAUCAUCACAGCAGCAGUAGCAGUAGCCACAAACGUUCACGCGAUGAUAGUCGAGACCAUGGUCACAAAUCGAAGAAAUCACGUCACUAAAGCAUUCAACCUACAGCUCCAUAGUAAAACGUCUACAGUAACAUAGCCCGGAAUGUUCACAUGAUAUUCGCACUUGUAGGAUUGCAUUGUAAUCGAGCGAAUGGAACAACGCAUACCACUACUCUUUGUUCAGAGUCCAUUGUCAGAUUAUUUUCCAUGUAUUGUUUGUAUCAAAAAAAAAAAUGAAGCAUCCUUUUAAUUCAAA